UUCUUGUCACAAGCAAUCGUUCAAUCAAAAUCCCUAAUUAACAAAUCUCUCGAUCUCUCUCUAACAAAUCAAUCUCUCUCUCUCUGUCAAGAUGCAAAUCUUUGUGAAAACUCUUACUGGUAAGACCAUCACUCUUGAGGUUGAAAGCUCAGACACCAUUGAUAAUGUCAAAGCUAAGAUCCAGGAUAAGGAAGGGAUCCCCCCAGAUCAGCAAAGGUUGAUUUUUGCUGGCAAACAACUUGAGGAUGGACGCACUCUUGCUGAUUAUAACAUUCAGAAAGAGUCCACCCUCCACCUAGUGCUUCGUCUCAGAGGUGGCAUGCAGAUCUUUGUAAAGACUCUCACUGGCAAGACAAUUACCUUGGAAGUGGAGAGCUCGGACACAAUUGACAAUGUCAAGGCCAAGAUCCAAGAUAAAGAAGGCAUCCCUCCAGACCAGCAGAGGCUCAUUUUUGCUGGGAAGCAACUUGAGGACGGUCGCACCCUUGCCGACUAUAACAUCCAGAAGGAGUCCACCCUACACUUGGUGCUCCGACUUCGAGGUGGCAUGCAGAUCUUUGUUAAGACUUUGACUGGAAAGACCAUCACCUUGGAGGUUGAGAGCUCUGACACUAUUGAUAACGUGAAAGCUAAAAUCCAGGACAAGGAGGGCAUCCCCCCAGACCAACAGAGGCUCAUCUUUGCUGGCAAGCAACUGGAAGAUGGACGCACUCUAGCUGACUACAACAUUCAAAAGGAAUCCACACUCCACCUGGUGCUUCGACUUAGAGGUGGUAUGCAAAUUUUUGUAAAGACUUUGACUGGGAAGACCAUCACGUUGGAGGUCGAGAGCUCUGACACCAUUGACAAUGUCAAGGCUAAAAUCCAGGAUAAGGAAGGAAUCCCACCAGACCAACAGAGGCUUAUUUUUGCUGGUAAACAACUUGAGGAUGGACGUACCCUUGCUGACUACAACAUUCAGAAGGAAUCCACCCUCCACUUGGUGCUUCGAUUGAGAGGCGGUAUGCAGAUUUUUGUCAAGACACUCACUGGAAAAACCAUUACCUUGGAAGUCGAGAGCUCUGAUACCAUUGACAAUGUCAAGGCCAAAAUUCAGGAUAAGGAGGGUAUCCCACCAGACCAGCAAAGGUUGAUCUUUGCUGGAAAGCAGCUGGAGGAUGGACGAACUUUGGCAGAUUACAAUAUCCAGAAGGAGUCGACUCUGCACCUUGUCCUUCGCCUUCGUGGUGGUUAUUAAGCAUUCGAUGUUAUAUGCUUUGAAGUCUGGUUCGUGUUUACUGGCCAUUGUUGGAUGGUUUCAAGUAAGAUUGCUGAACAACUUUUAAGUUUGCAUUUUGGUUUGGUUUGAUAUGUUGAAUCUUGAAAUGGUCUUCUGGUCAUUUUAUGUCACAUCUUUGAUUUGCUGCAAUAAAUUUCUGUAUGCGAACCAAUUCUCUAUAUGCUCGUCAGAGGCUUUUUUUC